AUGGCUGGACGACCUCCUGGAGGUCCCCGUGCCGGCCAGUCGCACACCCACGACGACCUGUUGCUGGACCUUGACAAUGAACAGCCUGUCUACAGCCAGGGCCAGCGCUCUACCCUUAACGACGAUGACCUCUUGAGAAACUACAACCAACCCCACGAUUCCCCCGGCCGCCCCUCCGUUUCCUAUGACGACUUUGUCGGCGCAACCGGCAUGCACGAAUCUCCUGGCCGCCAACCCGGUGCUGGCACCGGGCCACAUCCUUCCUCUCGCCUCGAUGCUGCUGGGCCCUACAUGACCCGGCAGUACAGCCAGACAUCCGAACUGGGCAACUACCAGCGCUACGCCGACGAUCUGGACGACUAUCCCUCCGACCGCGCAUCAUAUUACCAGAAUGAUGGCGCCUCGACCAUAGGCGGCCCUGCAAACGCCGCCAGGCAGGCUGCGCGCAACCGCAACAGCGUGCUGAGUCUUGGCGGAGGCUUCCUGGGACGCUUCCGGAAUAGAAUGAGCCGUGGCCAAGGCUACUCUGAGAUGGAUCUGCCUCUGACGGAAGGAGGUCACGAUAGAGUAAACGGUGCGCCACCUUCGCAACAAAAGCAGGCCGGCGGUGGCGGUGGCGGCGGUUUCGAUCUAGGAAACUUCAAAUUCGGCUUUGGUUCUCGCAAACCCGAUCCUUCGACCCUCGGCCCUAGAAUAAUCUAUCUCAACAACCCUCCCGCAAACGCCGAGAACAAGUAUGUCGAUAACCACAUUUCCACGGCCAAAUACAACUUUGCAUCGUUUUUACCAAAAUUUCUUUUUGAGCAAUUCUCCAAAGUUGCCAACGUCUUCUUCUUGUUCACUGCCGCCUUGCAGCAAAUUCCCGGCCUCUCGCCGACGAACCGAUACACGACCAUCGCCCCUCUGCUUAUCGUGCUUUUGAUUUCUGCUGGUAAAGAAUUGGUGGAGGACUACCGGAGAAAACAGGCCGAUAAUGCGCUAAACACAUCGAAAGCGCAGGUGCUUCGAGGCUCCAGCUUUACGCAGACGAAAUGGAUCAAUGUGGCAGUCGGCGAUGUCGUUCGAGUCGAAUCAGAAGAGCCAUUUCCUGCAGAUCUAGUCCUCUUGGCCAGCUCAGAACCCGAAGGCCUCUGCUACAUUGAAACUGCAAAUCUUGAUGGCGAAACGAAUCUCAAGAUUAAGCAAGGUCUUCCCGAGACCUCAACCAUGGUGUCCCCCAGCGAGUUGAGUCGGCUGACGGGCCGCAUCAAGUCUGAACAGCCAAACAGCAGUCUGUAUACAUACGAGGCAACUCUAACUAUGCAAUCUGGUGGCGGUGAGCGCGAGCUUGCUCUGAACCCGGAACAACUCCUCCUUCGUGGUGCUACCUUGAGAAACACCCCUUGGAUUCACGGUGUUGUCGUGUUCACGGGCCACGAGACGAAGCUGAUGCGCAAUGCUACAGCUACACCCAUCAAGCGAACCAAAGUGGAGCGGCAGGUCAACUCUCUUGUGCUUAUCCUAGUAGGCAUGCUUCUUGUCCUCAGCGCUUGCUGCACAGUUGGUGAUUUGGUGACGCGCCAAGUCAGUGGCAACAACUAUGGCUAUCUUUACUUGGACAGAAUCAACGGUGUCGGAAUUGCCCUCAAGACGUUUUUCAAGGACAUGGUCACGUACUGGGUCCUGUUCUCUGCCCUCGUUCCCAUCUCACUAUUUGUCACUGUUGAACUGGUAAAAUAUUGGCAUGCUAUCCUCAUCAAUGACGACCUGGACAUGUAUUACGACAAGACCGACACCCCCGCCACUUGCCGAACGUCCAGCUUGGUUGAGGAGCUAGGUAUGGUCGAGUACGUCUUUUCUGACAAGACUGGCACUCUCACUUGCAACAUGAUGGAGUUCAAACAGAUUUCCAUCGGCGGCAUCAUGUACUCGGACAACGUCCCUGAAGACCGACGCGCCACAGGUUCGGAUGAUAUGGAGGGUAUUCACGACUUUAAGCAACUCAGAUCUAAUCUGGCCGAGCGCCAUUCUACUGCGGAGGCAAUUGACCACUUCCUCGCGCUUCUGGCCACGUGCCACACCGUUAUUCCAGAGGUAGAUGAAAAAGGCCGAAUCAAAUACCAAGCAGCCUCGCCUGAUGAGGGUGCGCUGGUCGAAGGCGCAAAGACACUCGGGUACACAUUCUUUGCCCGCAAGCCCAAAGCAGUCAUCAUUGAGGUUGGUGGACAGGAGCUGGAAUACGAGCUUCUGGCCGUCUGCGAGUUCAACUCUAGCCGUAAGAGAAUGUCGACCAUUUACCGCUGUCCUGAUGGAAAGAUUCGCUGUUACUGCAAGGGUGCGGAUACCGUCAUCCUGGAACGCCUACACGACCAGAAUUCGCAUGUGGACGUCACCUUGCGCCAUCUGGAGGAGUAUGCUUCCGAAGGUCUACGAACACUCUGCUUAGCUAUGCGCGAAAUUCCAGAGCAAGAAUUUCAAGAGUGGCACCGCAUCUUCGAGGCCGCAGCUACCACCGUUGGCGGUAAUCGAGCCGACGAGCUGGACAAGGCCGCCGAAAUCAUUGAGCACGACCUUACCCUGCUCGGCGCUACUGCGAUUGAAGAUCGUCUACAGGACGGUGUUCCCGAGACUAUCCACACCCUACAAGAGGCCAACAUCAAAGUCUGGGUCCUCACUGGUGAUAGACAGGAAACGGCCAUCAACAUUGGCAUGAGCUGCAAGCUUCUCAGUGAAGACAUGAUGCUUUUAAUAGUCAAUGAAGAGACGGCUGAGGGAACCCGGGAUAACGUGCAGAAGAAGCUCGACGCGAUUCGCACACAAGGCGACGGGACUAUCGAGAUGGAGACGUUGGCCCUGGUAAUCGACGGCAAGUCGCUGACGUAUGCUCUCGAAAAGGAUAUGGAGCAGCUUUUCCUCAAGCUUGCCAUAAUGUGCAAGGCGGUGAUUUGCUGUCGCGUGUCGCCGCUCCAAAAGGCGCUGGUGGUGAAGCUCGUCAAAAAGUACCAAAAAGGCUCGAUCCUUCUCGCCAUUGGCGACGGCGCCAACGACGUGUCAAUGAUUCAGGCCGCGCAUAUUGGCGUGGGCAUCAGCGGUGUCGAGGGCCUGCAGGCGGCGCGCAGCGCCGACGUGGCGAUUGCGCAGUUUCGGUACCUACGCAAGCUACUGCUGGUGCAUGGCGCGUGGAGCUACCAGCGCAUUAGCAAGACCAUUCUGUUUUCCUUCUACAAGAAUAUCGCUCUGUAUCUGACGCAGUUUUGGUAUGCCUUUCAGAAUGUCUUUUCCGGUCAGGUCAUUUACGAGUCCUGGACACUGUCCUUUUACAAUGUCUUCUACACCGUGUUCCCGCCGCUGGCGAUUGGCAUCCUUGACCAGUUCAUCUCGGCGCGGUUACUCGACCGCUACCCACAGCUGUACACAAUGGGCCAGCAGAACCUGUCGUUCAAGAUCAAGGUGUUUUGGCAGUGGAUCGCCAACGCCGUCUACCACUCGAUUGUGCUCUACGUCUUCUCGGAGCUCAUCUGGUACGACGACCUAAUCCAAGGCGACGGCAAGACGGCAGGCCAUUGGGUCUGGGGCACGGCGCUCUACGGCGCCGUGCUGCUCACAGUACUCGGCAAGGCGGCGCUCGUUACCAACAAUUGGACAAAGUACCACGUCAUGGCCAUUCCCGGCAGCAUGGCCGUCUGGUACAUCUUCAUCGCUGCCUACGGCACCGUCGCACCCAUGAUUCCCAUUUCGGUCGAGUACCACGGCGUCGUUCCGCGGCUCUACACCAGCCCCAUCUUUUGGCUCCAGACGAUUGCGCUGGCAGGCCUCUGCCUGCUCCGCGACUUUGCGUGGAAGUAUGCCAAGCGCAUGUACCGACCGCAAACCUACCACCACAUCCAAGAGAUUCAAAAGUACAAUAUCCAAGAUUACCGACCAAGAAUGGAGCAGUUUCAAAAGGCCAUUCGCAAGGUCCGCCAGGUGCAACGCAUGCGAAAGCAGCGCGGCUACGCCUUUUCCCAGGCCGACGAGAGCCAGACCCGCGUGCUGCAGGCCUACGACACCACCAAGAACCGUGGACGGUACGGUGAAAUGGCCAGCUCGCGUCCGCAAUAG